CGUCGCGCAUGCGCAAACGUUGACAUGUAAUUAAAAUAUUAGCGUGUAGGUUCUUGUGCUGGUUAGGGGUCAGCGUGUGAGUUCUAGUAGUGGUGUCAAUCGAUGGACCAUGAACGGAACAAUGCGGGUGAUGCUGCGCGGGCUGUUACUUCUUAUGCUCUUGACGACGAUGCUCUAGAACGCAAACGGCAAGAUGAAUUUUUUAUGAAACACAAAGGCCAUGAGCAGAUGCAUGCAGAGAUGAUGAUUGUCUUGAUGAUGUUGAUGGUCAUCGUACAAAUAGUUUUGUUUCAGUGGAAAAGGAGACGGCCAAGAUCAUAUCAUGCUGUAACUCUGCUAGGUUUAUGGCUUAUUCCAAUUUAUUUUGCACUUCGUUUAUUCUGGUUUCGGAUGUUGGCUAUAUGGACAUUAUUUUCGUUAAUAACUGGCUAUAUUAUAUUCAAAGCUACUUCCAAAUCUAUGGAAGGUACUACUCCAAGGCUCGUCUACCGUUGGUUUCUAUUGGUCUAUAAACUAUGCUAUGCUGUAGCACUACUUGGUUACAUGCUGACUGUGGUCAUAUUUCUUGGUGGUAAAAAUCUCGCAGAGGCCAUCCCGUCUUCUGUCAUUGAAGCUUCGAUCACGUCAAUUUUCUAUGGACUCUAUUUUGGUGUACUGAGCAGAGAUGUAUCAGAACUAUGCACGGAGUACGUCGCAGCAAAGAUUGGUUACUUUACAAAAACUGGAAUGCCACUGAAGAAUCUUUCGUCCGACGUGUGUGCUGUCUGUGGACAAGCCAUCGAUCUGAAUGACAACGAUCAAACAGAAAAAUUGUAUAGACUCCCUUGCAAGCAUGUUUUCCACGAGUUUUGUAUCAGGGGAUGGUGCAUUGUUGGUAAGAAGCAGACGUGCCCAUACUGCAAAGAGAAAGUCGAUCUCAAAAGGAUAUUCAGCAAUCCGUGGGACAGGACACAUGUACAGUAUGCCAAUCUGUUGGACUUUCUACGCUAUUUCAUUGUUUGGUUACCAGUCAUUAUAGUAACUGCGCGAGCAGUCAACUACGUAUUAGGUCUUGAAUAGUAGAAUCAGUUGCAACUAGAUAUGAUAUUUGGUAUAUUGUGUUAUCUUAGUUCAUUAUCCGAA